UCUUAUACGUUUAAGUGAUUCGUAAAAGAAAACAAAAAAUGGAAAGUGAAGGGUCAGAAUUUAAUAAUUUAUUGAACGCCAAGGUGGGAACAAACGAGCAUAUCAUCAAGGUAAUUGCGGAGGCAGGUUUGACAUUAAUGGAGGUAUGGAAUGCACUUUGUCUUAAUCCGUGGUUUGUUAAUAACAUGGAUUUAACAUCAUUGCGCAACUUAUCACCUGGAUUUGACUUUAAAUCGUUAGGCGGUGACUCUGAGAGCGGUACGGAUGCGAUUGCAUCGAAGUCUGAAAAAUAUCACGAAGUUCUUAAUAAUAUUGUCACUAGUUGUGAACUGCCUGAAAAUGUUGUGAUUGAUAAGCUGGUCGAAUUAUCCUUACUCAAUGACGUUCUUCUUGCCGAAAUGAAUAAAGACAUCCAACCAGAUAUGUCUUAACAUGUGCAAAUGUGAUACUGAAGGACAAGUUAAAUUUAAAACAAGUAAUUUAAAAUAAAUCAUCUAAGCAAAAUUCAUUAUGUAUUAAAAUGUAUAUCACUAAGUCUCAUUGCACUCUAACUUUUACAUUUUCUUAACUCCAUAACCAAUGAGAUUCAUUAUAAAAAAUAGAAAAAAUAAAUUUUUUUAAAUAAAUCUACAUGGAUCCAUUC